AUCAAAAAUUCUUCAGUGACUUAAUUUAUCUUCAGGACAGCGCCACUUUUUUUUGACGCUGAGAAAUGCGUUACGCAUACCCGCUACACCCAGCGCGGGCUUCACGGGUUAUAUGGGACUCCUCCUGCGGCCCCACCCCCGAAGAGGCUAGAUAAGAAGCGGGGGUUUACCCACUAAAACUUAGCGAUGUCCCUGGCAUGGAAGGCGAUGCACGGGGUCGGCCCGGAUGCCAUACACCGCACAAGACAGCGCCGCUUGACCAUCUCACGUGGCGGUACAUAGGUGCCACGUGGGAUGGUCAAGUAUGGACUGGACGGUUGAAUAAACCUAUAACGGGCCAUAUUCCGAGUUAAUGUUAAGCAAAAGUAAAAAGGUUUGUCAGAAUCUAAAAAAACAAUAUAUUUUACAGACAAUAACAAUGGAGGAGUUGGAGAAAGUUAUUAAGACUGUAUUCCCUUUGAAGAGCGAAGUAGAUAUCAAGAAUCUGACGGAUGUGGUACGCAAGCAGCUCAAGUUGAAAAGCAAUCAAACCGAAGUUAAUUUAGAUAAACUUUUCCUAGAGAACGAAGAGGGGUUCGAUCGUGUGGAUUUAGCCCGUGAACUGUUUCGUCAACGUCAGUUGGCUCAAGAUAAGUAUCUGCGUGAAGUUUUAGGUGAGCUGGGCGGCCGCCACGCUCGCAACAAUACAGUGUCUGUACAGGCACUGAAGCGCGCCUUCGCUAUAGUCGACCCCGCCAUAGGCUAGUAUAAUGUUCUAUUAUCCCAGAAACAAAGUAUACGCCUACGUGAGACGAUAUGAUGUGGUUCUACCGCGUAACUUCCUUGACACAAACUUCAAGUUUAUUUUCUGUGAAUGACUAUGAAUGAAGACAUUUUUUAUUGGUCAUACCAUAACUUGGAGUAUUAAACGAAUAAGAGUAGCAAUCGGCACUUUUUCAAAACAAAAUUGUCUGUCAUUUAAGAAGGGGGCGAGGUAAUGCACACUAACUAUAAUGCUAACACUAAUGCCUUAGUGAAACAUAUCGCUAUGAACGACAAAAUUUUAACACACUCAUAAACUACACGCACACAAUCAUAUCCACACAAUGGAACUUCUCAUAGAGAAUAGAAGAGUG